GACCACACUUCACUCUUCCUUCUUCUCUGCAUUUUCUUCUGUCAUCAAUUCAUUUCUCCUUUCCUUUCUCAGUGAAGAUGGUUCGGAGGAGAGUUUUCCUUCAGCUCCUCGCUCUUCAUCUCUUCCUUCAAUUCUCAGUCAUCUGUUCCAAUUUCUUCAAGCCGUUCAACGUAACCUAUGAUCACAGAGCUCUCAUCAUCGAUGGUAAGCGUCGCAUGCUCAAUUCCGCCGGAAUUCACUACCCUCGCGCUACUCCUGAGAUGUGGCCUGACCUGAUAGCAAAGAGCAAGGAAGGUGGAGCAGAUGUGAUUCAAACUUAUGUAUUUUGGAAUGGCCAUGAACCAGUUAGAGGACAGUAUAACUUUGAAGGAAGAUAUGAUAUUGUCAAGUUUGUGAAGGUAGUUGGAUCCAAUGGCCUCUAUCUCCAUCUCCGUUUAGGUCCUUACGUCUGUGCCGAGUGGAAUUUUGGGGGCUUUCCUGUGUGGCUUCGUGAUAUCCCUGGCAUAGAAUUUCGAACAGACAAUACACCUUUUAAGAUUGAGAAUGAAUAUGGUGACAUUGAAGGAGAAUUUGGCCAAAGAGGAAAGGAAUAUGUUAAAUGGGCAGCAAAAAUGGCGCUUGGGCUUUGUGCUGGUGUUCCAUGGGUGAUGUGCAGGCAAACUGAUGCUCCAUAUGACAUAAUAGAUGCCUGCAAUGGAUUCUAUUGUGAUGGUUACAAAGCAAAUUCCAAGAACAAACCAACACUUUGGACAGAGGAUUGGGAUGGAUGGUUUGCAAUGUGGGGAGGAAGGCUGCCUCACAGACCUGUUGAGGACCUUGCAUUUGCAAUUGCACGCUUUUUCCAACGUGGAGGGAGCUUUCAGAACUAUUAUAUGUACUUUGGAGGAACAAACUUCGGUAGGACUUCUGGAGGUCCAUUCUAUAUCACUAGUUAUGAUUAUGAUGCUCCAAUUGAUGAAUAUGGUCUCCUGAAUGAGCCUAAAUGGGGACACUUGAAGGAUUUGCAUGCUGCUAUAAAGCUCUGUGAACCUGCUCUUGUUGCUGCUGAUUACCCAAAAUAUAUAAAACUGGGAUCAAUGCAGGAGGCACAUGUAUACCUAGCUGAUGCAAAGACAGAUGGCUUGAAUAUAACUACUUAUAAAGGUCAAACCCUCUGCUCUGCGUUUCUUGCAAAUAUUGAUGAGCAUAAGGAAGCUUCUGUAAAAUUCCUUGGCCAAUCAUAUACCUUGCCACCAUGGUCAGUCAGUAUAUUACCGGACUGCAGGGACACAGCAUUCAACACAGCUAAGGUUGGAGCUCAGACUUCCAUAAAAGUACUAGAGUUUCCUUUCUCUCAAAUGAUAUCUAUGCCCCAAGACAUGAUGACUUCAAGGGAAGUUUCACCUGUGUCAAAGUCCUGGAUGACUGUAGAUGAACCAAUUGAUAUCUGGAGCAACAACAGUUUUACUGUCCAAGGGAUUUUAGAGCAUUUGAACGUCACAAAGGACAAUUCAGAUUAUUUGUGGUAUAUAACCAGGAUAUAUGUUUCCGAUGAAGACAUCACAUUCUGGGAGGAAAAAAAAGUUAGUCCAACAAUUGUGAUUGAUAGCAUGCGUGAUAUAUUGCGGGUAUUUAUCAAUGGCAAGCUUGCAGGCAGUGUGAUUGGUGAUUGGGGUGACUAUGUAAAGGUGGUGCAACCUGUUCAUUUUCAUCAGGGAUACAAUGAUUUAGUUUUGUUAUCUCAAACAGUAGGUUUGCAGAACUAUGGUGCAUUCUUAGAGAAAGAUGGAGCAGGAUUUAGAGGCCAAGCUAAGAUUACUGGAUUCAAAAAUGGUGAUAUAGACUUGUCAAAAUUAUCAUGGACCUACCAGGUGCGUAUUUGAUUUAUGUUUUACUUCUCAUGUAUGCAUUAAUGAGUUAUCUUUGAAUAAUUUCCAUGAAGUCAUUUUCAGUGGACCUGAGGGUAAAUAACCAAUUAGGAAGCUCUAAUAAAACCUCAACUUCUAG